CAGUUUUUCCUCCGCGGGGACAAAACCAAACAAACUGAGAUGAUGAAGCAGAUCAAACACACUUCAGGGUAAACAGGCCUAAAACUCCUCAACGUUGUUGUUUUGUGUUUGUUUUUUAAUUUGUCUCAGCAGCUGUUUAGAGAUCCACUCUUUCUUCUGUUUUGCGCUGAUACUGAACCACGUUGUUUUUUUGUCUCGGACUUUAUUUAAACCACCAGGAUUCGUUGUCAACUCGGAAUACUUUAAGUUAAAAGUACAUAAAGUUGUAAACACGGCUUUUAUUGUCGUUUUCAGUGCGUAAGUUGCGAUUUUAGCUGCGUAAAUCGUGCGUAAUCGAUCAUUAAGCUGCUCAUUCAAGACUUAAAGCUUCAUAUUUUGAACCAGCAGCAGCUUUCAUAUGUGAAUCCAGACUCUGUGGUCAAACCCUGCGACCCUCCUUCAUGCGCAGCGCGUAAUUGGAGACGUGAGUGACCAGUGUGCCAGCGGCUUUUUACGCAGCAGCAUGCAGCAGCAGGAGCGGCUGCUCAAAGUGCUGGUCAUCGGUGACCUCGGCGUCGGGAAAACGUCCAUCAUCAAGCGCUACGUGAACCAGGUCUUCUCCCAGCACUACCGCGCCACCAUCGGCGUGGACUUCGCCCUCAAGGUCCUCAGCUGGGACAACAAGUCCGUGCUGCGGCUGCAGCUGUGGGACAUCGCAGGGCAGGAGCGCUAUGGUAACAUGACCCGUGUGUACUACAGAGAAGCUGUCGGGGCCCUUGUCGUCUUCGACAUGACCAGACUGUCCACGUUUCAGGCUGUCCUCAAAUGGAAAGGAGACCUGGACUCAAAGGUCGCACAGAGCAACGGGAAGCCGGUUCCAGCCGUUCUAUUGGCCAACAAGUGCGACCAGCGUCCUAAUGGUCUGUGCCCCAAACUGCCCAAACUGGAGAACUUUUCCAGGGAUUACGGAUUCGUCGGCUGGUUUGAAACCUCCGCCAAGGACAACACCAACAUCGAUGCGGCCAUCACGUGUCUGGUGAAGAACAUCAUGUCUGUGGAGGACGAGCGAGCCUCGAAUGAAGCGGGCGGCGCGGCGGCGGGGGGCGUUCUCGUUCUGCCAAACUUCGAUUACAACACCAAGGAGAAAGGACUCAGUGGAUGUUCGGGAUGUCCCUCACUGAGAACACAGAGGGACAGUGACUGAAGGACUUCUUUGCCCGUGUAGAAAAAAAAACGGGAUUAAACUUGUUAUAAACAAGUGGAUUUUUUUUUUUUUAAAAGACUUCAAUUUAUACUAAUAUUGAGUAUUGUUUAUUUUUGUAAAAGAAAUUAAGUUAAAAUCGUCUUUAUUAUUCUCUCAAAAGAUUGUUUUAUUCAUAAAAUGAAUAUUCUCCAGUCAAACUAACUGGUCGUCAAAGGUUUAAUGUGCAACAUUUGUGAGGAACGGAAAUUGAAAUUGAAUAUACUAUCAAAACAAAACAUGCUGUGGCUGGUUUGUCCAUUUGGGCUUCUGUAGAAACAAAAUGGAGGCCGCUGUAAAGCAAGGCUCUUAGCUAAAAUACAUGUAAACACAUAUCCAUUGCUGCAUUCCAUUUGUAGUCGGAACUCGGAAUUUGUGAGGUCAUGGCUAAGAAACAUACCCCAAGGAAGAAUUCUAAAAUGGCUGCCGUUAUACGAAAAUUGCAACUUUUACCGCUAACGUCACUUCUGUCAUAUAUUGUUACACGUAGUACUUUAAACAUAAACAUGUAGCUAAGUUGUGCAUAUACCACGUAGAGCGCAGUUAUUGACUGGUAUUGCUUACAAUGGCUAACAAUUUCAGCCCGACCCGGAGGGUGAUGUCACUCCCAUUUACGAUAAUAUUUUAAACAAACAUAUUAUCAAAUUCAAUCACAUUUUUAAUUCUAUUUCCUCCAAAUGUUAUAUCCGGGAACCUUUUAAUGUGUUGUCCACAGAAGUGAACAUGUCGCUAAUGUUAGCAGUAUAGCUUGGUUUGCUUACUAGCAUGCUAAUCUUGUCCGUUGCACACAUUAUUGGGUAAUUCAAAUACGAGGAAGUCAACCUUCACAAAAAACUGUUGUAAAAGUGGUUGUAUAUUCAUAAAUGUGCGCUUUAAAUCUGUAACAUACGUCCUGUGAUUCAUACGAGAACAUUUAUAAGAGGUUUUUAUAGACAUUUUUGUGCGUUUUUAAAUUAUAAUUCUAAUAUUUUGCCUCUAAAUUAAAACCAGAAUAUGAACA